AUGCCCACCGCAAAACCAAAAAUAGUCCUCUACUGGCACAGGACAGACCUCCGCCUCCACGACUCACCAGCCCUAAACGCCGCCCUAUCCCUAAACCCAACAACCUUCAUCCCAAUCUGGACCUGGGACCCACACUACCCUCCUACAGCAAGCUCAACCCCCGCCAGCAAUUAUGGCUCAUCCGUGAAGCGCCGCAGAGCGUUUUGCCUAAAUUGUGGAACGCGUGGGGGGGUUACACAUCUUGUUUUUGAGAAGGAUGAGGAUGCUUAUGCAAGGGAGAGGGAUGGGGUUGUUGUUCGGCUUGCGGAGGAGGCGGGGGUGGAGGUUAUUGUUAAAAGUGGACGGACGUUGUUUGAUGUUGAUGAGAUUGUUAGGAAAAAUGGGGGGAAACCGACUCUAAGUAUGGCGCAGGUUGAGAAGGCCGUUGAGAAGAUUGGGAAUGGGGUGCCGGAGAGACCGAUUGAUGCGCCGAGGAGUAUCCCCGAUCCGCUGACGCGGGAUGAGAUGGAUUUGAAGGGCGUGAAGCAUGAUGGAGGAGGCAUGGGAUCCAAGUCCAACGACGGGACGGAUAUGAAUGCGGAUCAUCGCUCUACGACGGAUAAGCAGUAUGCAGGGAUAAUGGGACCAGAGAACGAUUUCGGUGUGCCGACAUUAGAAGAAAUCGGCAUCGAUCCUGCCGAUGUGCAGACACCGCAUCGGGGAGGUGAAACGGUGGCCUUGGAACUCCUUGGUGGGUAUAUCGCGGAUGAGGAGUAUAUUGGACGAUUCGAGAAACCGAAUACAUCGCCCGCGGCAUUUGAGCCGCAGUCAACGACGUUGCUGUCGCCGCAUUUACAUUUUCGCACAUUGUCUGUGCGGAAGUUCUGGUGGGAUGUGCAGGAUGUCAUGGAGAGGCGGAAGAAGGCCAAGAAGAGUAAUGCUUCUAUUCCGACGAAUUUGCCGGGUCAAUUGCUCUUUCGCGAGAUGUAUUUUGCGGCACAUGCGGCUGUUGGAGAACCAUUCUGUCGGACUUAUGGUAAUCCUAUGGUGAGGUUUAUUGAUUGGCAUUUGCAGAGUAAGAGUCCUGAGGAUAUUGCGCAUGGGGAGGAAGGGGGGAAAUUGUAUGAGGUGGAUUCUGAGGAGGCUGAGGUGUGGUUUUUACGGUGGAAGGAGGGUAGGACUGGGUUUCCUUGGAUUGAUGCUUUGAUGAGACAGCUCAAGCAGGAAGGUUGGAUUCAUCAUUUGGGUCGACAUAGCGUUGCUUGCUUUCUGACGCGGGGAGGGUGUUAUGUGAGUUGGGAGCGAGGAGCUGAGGUAUUUGAGGAGAUGUUGAUAGAUCGUGAGUGUUUUCCAAGCUACAAAGUUACCUCCAUUUUCUGUAUUGCAGAAUGCGGACAGCGGUUGCUGACACAAGUGAUCCCGAUUACAGACGAAACGGCGUGCAAUAUCGGCAACUGGAUGUGGCUCUCUUGCACGGCUUUCUUCGCCCAGUUCUACCGGUGCUACUCACCCAUUACCUUUGGCAAGAAGUGGGAUCCAGAGGGUAACCUGAUUCGGAGGUACUGUCCGGAGCUAGCGAAGUUUGAUAAGAAGUACAUCUACGAGCCGUGGAGGGCGCCAAUCGCUGAUCAGCGGAAAUGGGAGUGCAGGGUCACUGGUGAUGGCAGAAGUUCGACCAAUGAGGACGGGAAGAUCUAUCCUAAGCCAAUGUUCGAUUUUAAUGACCGACGGACGAUCUGCCUUGACGCUAUGAAAAACGCAUACCACGUUGGGCUGCAUGGGAAUGAUAAGGAGGUCAAGGAUGGGUCGUGGCGGAAGGCCUUUGGUCUGGAUGAAGAUGGAAAGAGGCCCAAAAAGAAGCAAAAGACGUAG